GCAUCCUCAGUACACUUAAAUGUUUCUGGGGGUCGCUGUAGGGGUUUGGCCGUCUAAUGUCCCGAACAGUUCAACCUCGUUUCUUUUUCCGACAACGUAGACUAAAAUGAUGGCUCUUACGACGCACAGGUGGAAGAAGCACGUUUGCUGUAUGCAGACGUAAGGUGUCAACACGUUCUAACGCAGAUCGUUUGGGAAAAAAACUAACAAAUACAGAAAACGAAAAUAAUCACAUUCAAUGGCACGAAGUUUCAUUAACUUUUCAACGUAAUUCAUGGUGAGCGUGAGCCUUUCCUUGUUGCGAGGAAACUUUUCUCGCCUCGGACCUAGCCUACUGACGAACGAGAUCAGCCCUGUGAUGUAGGACAAACUUUCUGGCCUAGCAGUACUCAACAUGGGGCGAAACAUCCUACAGAUUUGGGAUUGUUAUGAACGGCUUUGAUACAGCGGACGGGAUCUUUACUAAGGGAGAACGCAGAGAGGGCAACAGACAGAGAAGGAAUCAAAGUUCCAAAGUUGCCAUGGCAGUGAAACCACCAACCGCACGAGGGGAAUCAUGUACAGCGUGGAACCCUAUGGACUGUGCCAUGCCUGACCAAGAUAUGCCUGAUCGCAUGUUAUGUGCCAUGCUGGAGCAAUUUCAGCUGUCCUAUCACCGUUGAUCCACUCCCUGUAUAGCACUGCCAGUCCCAGCAUGCUGAAGAGGAAGCAGAGCUCCCGGGUGGAGGCUCCGCCCAUGACCGACUUCGGCCCGGACGAGACGCUCGCCGACAGCGCCGACAUCCUGUGGAUCAACAAACCGUGGGUCCACUCCUUGCUGAGGGCCUGUGCCAUCAUCAGCGUGAUCUCGGUCUGCAUGAACACGCCCAAGACCUUCGAGCACUACCCGCCUCUUCAGUACGUCACCUUCGCCCUGGACACGCUGCUCAUGUUCCUCUACACCGCCGAGAUGAUCGCCAAGAUGCACAUCCGUGGCAUCGUCAAGGGGGACAGUCCUUAUGUUAAGGAUCGGUGGUGCAUGUUCGACGGCUUCAUGGUUUUCUUCCUCUGGGUCUCUCUGGUGCUGCAGGUGUUUGAGAUCGCGGACAUCGUGGACCAGAUGUCGCCGUGGGGGAUGCUGCGGAUUCCCCGGGCCCUCAUCAUGAUCCGGGCGUUCCGGAUCUACUUCCGAUUCGAGCUCCCGCGCACGCGCAUCACCAACAUCCUGAAACGGUCGGGAGAACAGAUCUGGAGCGUCUCCAUCUUCCUCCUCUUCUUCCUCCUGCUUUACGGAAUCCUGGGAGUUCAGAUGUUCGGCACGUUUAACUACCACUGUGUCACCAACGACACGGUGAAAGAUAACGUGUCCUGGAAUAGUUUGGCCAUCCCGGACACACACUGCUCCCCCGACGGGGAGGGGUACCCGUGCCCCAUGGGCUUCAAGUGUGAGGACCUGGAGGACCUGGGGCUCAGCCGACAGGAGCUGGGCUACAGCGGCUUCAACGAAUUGGGCACCAGCAUAUUCACGGUGUACGAGGCGGCUUCGCAGGAGGGCUGGGUCUUCCUCAUGUACCGCGCCAUCGACAGCUUCCCCCGCUGGCGGUCCUACUUCUACUUCAUCACCCUCAUCUUCUUCCUCGCCUGGCUGGUCAAGAACGUGUUCAUCGCCGUCAUCAUCGAGACGUUUGCCGAGAUCCGGGUGCAGUUCCAGCAGAUGUGGGGGUCCCGCAGCAGCACGACGUCCACCGCCACCACGCAGAUGUUCCAUGAGGAUUCUGCAGGUGGAUGGCAGCUUGUGGCAGUAGAUGUGAACAAGCCACAUGGAAGAGCUCCUGCCUGCCUCCAGCAACUGAUGCGCUCCUCAGUGUUCCAUAUGUUCAUCCUGAGCAUGGUGGCGGUGGACGUGAUUGUUGCCGCGAGCAACUACUACAAAGGCGAGAAUCACCGACAGCACUACGACGAGUUCUACCUGGCAGAGGUGGCCUUCACCGUGCUGUUUGACCUGGAGGCCCUCCUGAAGAUCUGGUGCCUGGGCUUCACUGGCUACAUCAGCUCCUCUCUGCACAAGUUUGAGUCUCUGCUGGUGGUGGGAACCACACUGCACAUCUACCCCGACCUCUACCACUCCCAGUUCACCUACUUCCAGGUGUUGCGGGUGGUGCGCCUGAUAAAGAUCUCCCCGGCCCUGGAGGACUUCGUGUACAAGAUCUUUGGGCCCGGGAAGAAGCUGGGCAGCCUGGUGGUGUUCACGGCCAGCCUGCUCAUCGUCAUGUCCGCCAUCAGCCUCCAGAUGUUCUGCUUCGUGGAGGAGCUGGACCGUUUCACCACGUUCCCCCGGGCCUUCAUGUCCAUGUUCCAGAUCCUCACGCAGGAGGGCUGGGUGGACGUCAUGGACCAGACCCUGGUGGCGGUCGGGCACAUGUGGGCCCCCGUGGUGGCCAUCUACUUCAUCCUCUACCACCUGUUUGCCACCCUGAUUUUGCUGAGUCUUUUCGUCGCUGUGAUCCUAGACAACUUGGAGCUGGAUGAAGACUUGAAAAAACUCAAGCAGCUGAAGCAGAGCGAGGCCAACGCAGACACCAAGGAGAAGCUCCCGCUGCGGCUGCGCAUCUUCGAGAAGUUUCCCAACCGGCCGCAGAUGGUGAAGAUCUCCAAGCUGCCGUCGGACUUCACCGUGCCCCGGAUCAGAGAGAGCUUCAUGAAGCAGUUCAUCGACCGGCAGCAGCAGGACACCAGCUGCCUGUUCCGCAGGCUCCCCUCGGCCUCCUCCUCCUCCUGCGACCACUCCAAGCGCUCCGCCAUCGAGGAGAACAAGUACAUCGACCAGAAGCUCCGCAGAUCGAUAUUCAGCAUCCGCGCCCGCAACCUCCUUGAGAAGGAGACGACCAUCAAUAAGAUCCUGCGGGCCUGCACCAGGCAGCGCAUGCUGAGCGGCUCCUUCGAGGGCCAGCCCGCCAAGGAGCGCUCCAUCCUGAGCGUGCAGCACCACAUCCGCCAGGAGCGCAGGUCCCUGAGACAUGGCUCCACCAGCCAGCGAAUCAGCCGUGGGAAAUCUCUGGAGACUCUUACACAGGACCACUCCAGCACGGUGCGGUACCGUAACGCUCAGAGGGAGGACAGUGAGAUCAAGAUGAUCCAGGAGAAGAAGGAGCAGGCCGAGAUGAAGCGGAAGGUGCAGGAGGAGGAGCUGCGGGAGAACCACCCGUACUUCGACAAGCCCCUGUUCAUCGUGGGCAGAGAGCAUCGCUUCCGGAACUUCUGCAGGAUGGUGGUGCGGGCGCGAUUCAACGCGUCAAAAACAGACCCAAUAACGGGAGCGGUGAAGAACACGAAGUAUCAUCAGUUGUACGAUCUCCUGGGCCUGGUCACCUAUCUGGACUGGGUGAUGAUAGUGGUCACCAUCUGCUCCUGCAUCUCCAUGAUGUUUGAGUCUCCCUUCACCCGGGUCAUGCAGGUCCCCACCCUUCAGAUCGGAGAGUACGUCUUUGUCAUCUUCAUGAGCAUCGAGCUCAACCUGAAGAUCAUGGCCGACGGCCUCUUCUUCACCCCCACGGCUGUCAUCCGCGACUUCGGAGGGGUCAUGGACAUCUUCAUAUACUUAGUGAGUCUGAUCUUCCUGUGCUGGCUCCCGGCGAACGUGCCGCCCGAGUCGGGGGCGCAGCUGCUGAUGAUGCUGCGCUGUCUGCGGCCGCUGCGCAUCUUCAAGCUGGUGCCCCAGAUGAGGAAGGUGGUGCGUGAGGUCCUCAAGGGCUUCAAGGAGAUCUUCCUGGUCUCCAUCCUCCUCCUCACCCUCAUGCUGGUCUUCGCCAGCUUCGGAGUUCAGCUCUUCGCCGGGAAGCUCCCAAGGCACGACUCCUCCUCACCAUGCGGUCUGAGGGACUGUCACGGAAUAUUCCGGAUCAACGUCAGCGUCUCCAAAAACCUGAACCUGAAGCUGAAGGCGGGGGAGAAGAAGCCGGGCUUCUGGGUGCCGCGGGUCUGGGCCAACCCGCGGAAUUUUAACUUCGACAACGUGGGCAACGCCAUGCUGGCGCUGUUCGAGGUGCUGUCGCUGAAGGGCUGGGUGGAGGUUCGGGACGUCAUCAUCCACCGCGUGGGACCGAUACACGGCAUCUACAUCCACGUCUUCGUCUUCCUCGGCUGCAUGAUCGGCCUCACGCUGUUCGUGGGCGUGGUCAUCGCCAACUUCAACGAGAACAAGGGCACGGCUCUGCUCACUGUGGACCAGCGGAGAUGGGAGGACCUGAAGAGCAGACUGAAGAUAGCCCAGCCGCUCCACCUGCCCCCCCGCCCAGAAAAUGGCGGCUUUCGUGCCAAGAUGUAUGACAUCACUCAGCACCCCUUCUUUAAGCGUGGCAUCGCCGUCCUGGUCCUGGCGCAGUCUGUGCUGCUCUCAGUCAAGUGGGAUGUGGAUGACCCUGUGACGUUUUCCCUGGCGACCAUGUCAGUGAUCUUCACCUUCAUAUUUGUGCUGGAGGUGACAAUGAAACUGAUCGCCAUGUCGCCAGCCGGGUACUGGCAGAGCAGGAGGAACCGUUACGACCUCCUGGUGACCUCCCUGGGGGUGAUAUGGAUCGUCCUGCACUUCGCCCUGCUGAAUGCCUACACCUACAUGAUGGGCACCUGUGUCAUUGUCUUCAGGUUCUUCACCAUCUGCGGGAAGCAUGUAACGCUGAAGAUGCUGCUGCUCACAGUGGUGGUCAGCAUGUACAAGAGCUUCUUCAUCAUCGUGGGCAUGUUCCUCCUCCUCCUCUGCUACGCCUUCGCCGGGGUGGUCCUCUUCGGCACCGUCAAGUAUGGAGAGAACAUCAACAGGCACGCCAACUUCUCCACGGCGGGGAAGGCCAUCACGGUGCUGUUCCGCAUCGUCACGGGAGAGGACUGGAACAAGAUCAUGCACGACUGCAUGGUGCAGCCGCCGUUCUGUACUCCAGACAAACACCGCUACUGGGAGACCGACUGCGGAAACUACGCCGGUGCCCUCAUCUACUUCUGCUCUUUCUACGUCAUCAUUGCUUACAUCAUGCUCAACCUGCUGGUGGCCAUCAUCGUGGAGAACUUCUCUCUCUUCUACUCCACCGAGGAAGACCAGCUGCUGAGCUACAACGACCUGCGCCACUUCCAGAUCAUCUGGAACAUGGUGGACGACAAGAGGGAGGGCGUCAUCCCCACGUCGCGGGUGAAGUUCCUGCUCCGGCUGCUGAGGGGCCGGCUGGAGGUGGACCUGGACAAGGACAAGCUGCUCUUCAAGCACAUGUGCUACGAGAUGGAGAGGCUGCACAACGGGGGCGACGUCACCUUCCACGAUGUGCUGAGCAUGCUGUCGUACCGCUCGGUGGAUAUCAGGAAGAGCCUGCAGCUGGAGGAGCUGCUCGCCCGGGAGCAGCUGGAGUACACCAUAGAAGAAGAGGUGGCCAAACAGACCAUCCGCAUGUGGCUCAAGAAGUGCCUCAAACGCAUCCGGGCUAAGCAGCAGCAGUCCUGCAGCAUCAUCCACAGCCUGAGAGAGAGCCAGCAGCAGGAGCUCAGCCGCUUCCUCAACCCGCCCAGCAUCGAGACCACGCUGCCCAGCGAGGACGCCAACGCACACAACCAGGACAACCCGUCCCAGCCUGAGAGCGGCAGCCUGCAGCAGCUCCUCAGCCCCACGCUGUCCGACCGGGGCGGGUACCGGCAGGACUCCACCGACAUCGGCAAGCCCCAGAGGAAGCUGGGCCAAUGGCGUCUACCGGCAGCCCCAGUACCCGCGGGCCAGUCAGUUUCCUCUCUGGCUUUGCUCUCUGAAGGACGGACCAGCGUCAAGUCGGUGGUGUGCAAGAUGAACCCGGUCAGCGACGAGGCGUCCUCGGGCUCCGAGGUCAAGAAGUGGUGGACGCGUCAGCUGACCGUGGAGAGCGACGAGAGCGGCGACGACCUCAUUGACAUUUAGGAGUCGGUGCCGUUUCCUGGAGUUCAGAAGGCCGAGGGGCGCGCAAGCAGAGGUGCUGAUGGGAAAUGUAGUCCUAGAACUGUUUGGAGGCAGAGUGACACACUGGGAACCUAAUCCCAUUCUGCAUCAGGAAAGGCCCACACGUGAAUACGGAUAACAUGAGAAUAUGACUCUCUGGAUUAGGGGGUCUGUGUAGCAACCUGACAGGGAAAAUGUAAAGCUUCUUUGCAGCUUCUUAACUGCUGGCUUCAAGUUUGAGUGGCAUUGUCGCUAAACACCGUUCAGCACUCAGUGUCUGUCCAGGGUUGUGUAAGGGUCUUGUGGUGGUCUGCUCAUUAGAGUGUGUUGUGUGUAUGUGUCUGUGUAUGUGUGUGUUUGUGCGUGUGUGUGAAUUCACAACGUGAGUGAGUGUGUGUGUCUGCAUGUGUGUGUGUAAUACCUGAAGGAUGUUCCUGGGGAAGCGUGUGUUGUGUGUGUUGUCCUGUUUCAGUGUGCUGGCUGUGUCUCUGUGUGUCUGUUCGGUGUUUGGCUGUGUCUGUGUGUGUGUCUGCUGGGUGUUUGGCUGUGUCUCUGUGUGUGUCUGCUGGGUGUUUGGCUGUGUCUUUGUCUGUGUCUGCUGGGUGUUUGGCUGUGUCUGUGUGUGUGUCUGCUGGGUGUUUGGCUGUGUCUCUGUGUGUGUCUGCUGGGUGUUUGGCUGUGUCUCUGUGUGUGUCUGCUGGGUGUUUGGCUGUGUCUCUGUGUGUGUCUGCUGGGUGUUUGGCUGUGUCUGUGUGUGUGUGUCUGCUGGGUGUUUGGCUGUGUCUCUGUGUGUGUCUGCUGGGUGUUUGGCUGUGUCUCUGUGUGUGUCUGCUGGGUGUUUGGCUGUGUCUGUGUGUGUGUCUGCUGGGUGUUUGGCUGUGUCUCUGUGUGUGUCUGCUGGGUGUUUGGCUGUGUCUGUGUGUGUGUCUGUUCGGUGUUUGGCUGUGUCUCUGUGUGUGUCUGCUGGGUGUUUGGCUGUGUCUGUGUGUGUGUCUGCUGGGUGUUUGGCUGUGUCUCUGUGUGUGUCUGCUGGGUGUUUGGCUGUGUCUCUGUGUGUGUCUGCUGGGUGUUUGGCUGUGUCUGUGUGUGUGUCUGCUGGGUGUUUGGCUGUGUGUGUGUCUGCUGGGUGUUUGGCUGUGUCUCUGUGUGUGUCUGUUCGGUGUUUGGCUGUGUCUCUGUGUGUGUCUGUUCGGUGUUUGGCUGUGUCUCUGUGUGUGUCUGCUGGGUGUUUGGCUGUGUCUCUGUGUGUGUCUGCUGGGUGUUUGGCUGUGUCUCUGUGUGUGUCUGCUGGGUGUUUGGCUAACCUCAUUAUGAAGGCCUUUAAUCGCAGGCAGCUUUCCUCCUUGAGUUACUGCCGCAAGAUGAACGCGCAGAACAAGCCGGCCUGUUGUGCCAUUACUCUGCCGGGCCUCCCAGCACUGUUCCCGAACUCUUAAUAUCCGCGACAGAGGCCACGUUUGCCAAGCGUUUCCAGGAAGAUUUGGGUGGUCACAUGGGUAGGGUGGAACGAAUCAGAGACCACAGUCCAAACCAGCUGCAAGCAGGAGGAUCGUGCUGUACUAAAGCAGUCUCACUGUCCUCUGACUUGUCUCUAAUUCUGAUUUGUGCUUUAAUUUGUCAGCUGUUGUCAGCGGUGCCAUCGUCCUCUCCUUCCCCCCCCACAGUGUUUUAUGUGCAUUAAGUCUCGUCUGCUUUGAACGGGGACCAUCUCGAGCUGCUGUGAAUGGCAAACUGAAAACAAUCUUUUAAAUAGAAGAAAUCUUCAGGAAAAAAAAAAGAGUUUUGCUCACACAUGUAAAUGUGACCGUGAAUGUGCACCUGUUCUGUGUAAACAUGUUUUUUUGUGAAGUCGGGGUUAUAAUUCAUAAAAAAAGGAAUUUUAUAAAAAAAAGUUUGUAUGGUUAGUUUGGAAAUAGUCAGAUUUUAAAAGGACUCCUGUGAAUAUGUCCGUAUGGAGUAAAAGUAUGUUUUUGCUUCUCAUUGCAGUACUUUAUACAGGAGACUACUUGAACGUAUGACUGAUUUGAUAGAUGACUUUGUACAAGCCAUAAAAAAACAUUCUCACCGAUGGAGAUUGUUUUGGUGAGACAUACCAAAAUCAGUUUGGAAAAUGUGUUGUUAUUUAAAAGUAUAUGUAUAUAUAUUAAAUUAUACAUAGAAUAGAUAUUAUAUAAUUAUAAAUAUAAUGUAAAAGAAAAUAAAGAUUUAUUAAUUUAA